AAUCACAACAAAGAAUCACAAUUGUAUUAAACGAGAUUAAAAUAAAAAUAAAUUAAUAACUGGUGAAUUUAAUUUUUAUACUUUUUUAAUUUUUUUAUCAUUUUUAUUGAUGGCUUCAUUUGGAAGAUACAAUGGCCGAUCUAAUCAAGAGCUUGUCAAUUACCUUAAACGAUCAGGAAUUAUUAAGUCUGAUCGUGUGUUUGAAGCAAUGAGUUCUGUUGAUCGUGCUAAGUACGUAGUUAGAGGAAACCCGUAUGCCGAUUCACCUCAAGGUAUUGGUUAUGGCGUGACAAUAAGUGCUCCACACAUGCACGCUUAUGCAUUGGAGUAUCUUGAAGACAAAUUAAAAAAUGGAAAACGCGCACUGGAUGUUGGUUCAGGUUCUGGAUAUUUAACAGCAUGCAUGGGAACGAUGGUUGGUCCUGAUGGAGUUGCCGUAGGUAUUGAUCAUAUCUCUGAGCUCCAAGCUCUUGCUACCCGCAACAUCAAAGCUGAUAAGCCAGAAUUACUUGAAAGUGGUCGAGUAAAAUUAAUCGUUGGAGAUGGAAGACAAGGGUAUCCAAAUGAUGCACCGUACGAUGUUAUUCACGUUGGAGCAGCAGCCAAAGAAACACCAUACGCGCUAAUUGAUCAAUUAGCACCAGGAGGUCGUUUAAUAGUACCGAUAGGUCCCGAAGGUGCUGACCAAAAACUCGUACAAAUUGAUAAAACAAUCAAUGGAGACAUACAACAACGAUCGUUAAUGGGAGUCGUUUAUGUACCUUUGACUGAUAAAGAACGACAAUAUUCAUGAAAUAAGUGUUUGCUUCAAUAAAUUA